CCGUCAACAGGAACCCACAAAGCCGGCGAGGGCGAUUGCUGAAUUUUGUAAGCUUCGUGUUGUCGUGUGCUGAUUGGUCGUGAAAGUUCUCUCUCGAAACGUUAGAUUGCGUUCAAUGUCCUCCAUGCACGGAAGCUCGGAAAUACACGUGUAAGUUCCUCACAGGAGUCUAAAGGCCAAUGAAUCGCUUGCGGCUGUAUCGUCUCAGAAUUUUGAAACUAUUACAUAAUAUUGCACGAUAUUGCAUGUGACUAAUGUUGAAACUAGCCAACGAUGAAUUGAAGCUUAGUACCGACGAUCUGUAAUAAUAAUAAUAAUAAUAAUUAUUAUUAUUAUAUAAUUAUUGGUAUAUAUACAUGGUGUUAGCUCAUCUCAGUGAUGGCCCAUGGGGAGUACCUGAUGUAACCUGAAAAUAUCGAAAUCAAAAGUUCUGAGCUCUGCAGUCUUUCUAAUCUGUGUGUACUAGAUUCACUCAAGUAUUUGUACACUACUUAAAGUUUACUUACCUAGAAAAUGCUAAUUGUAAACUCUAUUCAGAAAUUGAUUUUUCCCCGGGUCUCAUUCAUGGGAACUAUGGACAGAAUUUCGCCAAGUAACGUGAAAGGUCUAUGGAAAUAUUCUCGCACGUGUACUAUUUUGCCUCAUAUUCAAUGUAGUCGUCCGUGGUGUAGUUUACAUCCAAUUUGUUGGAAAUGUGGAAACGGCAAUAAUUCAGUAAUGUUUUGCAAGAACUGUAACGCCUUACAAAAACCAAAUAAGAAUAUUAAUUAUUAUGAUAUAUUAGGCAUAGACAGCACAUUUGAUUUAGAUACGAAUGACUUGACAAAAAAAUAUCGAAAAUUACAAAGCAUCCUUCAUCCAGACAAAUAUGCUAGUUCUUCUGAGAAUGAAAGAAACAUAUCAGAAGAAUACUCCUCUGUUGUCAACAAAGCUUACAGUACCUUACUUCCACCUCUGGCUCGAGGACUGUAUUUGCUAGAAUUGCAAGGUGUGCAUCUAGAAGAAGGAAAUGUGCAAACAAACCCUGAAUUUCUAAUGGAGCUCAUGGAACGGAAUGAAGAAGUUGACCAAGCUAAUAGUGAAUCAGAAAUUAGAGCUGUGAGUGAAAAGAACAAGAAGAUGCUAAAUGAUCUUAUCAAAGAAGCUUCUAAAGCUUUCAAAACUGGGAACAUUGAAGAGGCCAAAGAAGUUUUAAUUAAAAUGAAAUAUUUUUCUAGCAUUGAAGCUAAAAUCAAAGUCUUAAAAAUAAACAAAGGUUAUAUGGAGUGAACAAUGUAAAAAAAAUAAUCAAUAAUUAAACACUAUUUUUGAAAUAAAAUUGAAGUUUAUUUUUCAAGCCACGCAUGAGCAUACAUAUAUGUUGAGCAAGUUUGUUGUGGACCUACGCCCCAUAUCAUUUUAUUAUUUUGUUUUUCUGGGCAUGUGAAUUGACAUGGUCAUUAUUCCCAUAAGUGUGUACAUUAUAUUUUGUGACGUGGUGGUGGCUCCCGACAAGCUCUAAACGCCUGACUGGUCUUUUGACACGCAGUCUCUUAGUCCUAGUAAGUGUGUGUGUGUGUGUGUGUAAGGGGAGGAAAUGGGUCAAGAAUGAGGAAGGAAAGGUC